CGCAGCUGUGAUCACGUCACGGUCUUGGCGGGCUUUCGCCCCCUCAACCAAUAGUCAGACGCAGCUGUGAUCACGUGACGGUCUCGGCGGGCUUUUUGAGCGGGCUCCGCUCUCCUCACUCACAUCGCAGCAGCCGCCGCCAUUUUGUGAGAUGCAGAGACAGUCACGGUUGAAGCGGGAGCUGCAGCUCCUCAGCACGGAGCCGCCAUCCGGGGUCAGCUGCUGGCAAGUGGACGAUAAGGUGGACGAGCUGCGGGCUCAGGUGGUGGGCGGCCCGGGCUCUCCCUAUGAGGGAGGGGUGUUCACCCUGGAGGUCACCGUGCCGGACAGGUACCCAUUCGAGCCCCCUCGGGUGCAGUUUGUGACCCCCAUUUACCACCCGAACAUAGACACAGCCGGCAGGAUCUGCCUGGACAUCCUGAAGCCGCCGCCUAAAGGCGCCUGGAGGCCGGCCCUGAACCUGUCCUCCGUCCUGACCUCCAUCCAGCUCCUCAUGGCCGAGCCCAACCCUGAGGAUCCCCUAAUGGCGGACAUCGCCCGGGAGUACAAGUAUGACAGGGCCGCGUACAGCGCCACCGCCCGGAGUUGGACGGAGAAGCACGCCAAACCCCUGAACGUCCACAAUGUGGGGCACAAAAGGCGCAGCGGAGACCCCGCAGAGCCCGCCAAAAAAACCCGACCCGACCUCCCGUGACGUCAUUGUCACAGUAACUGAUAUCACUGGACAGCUGCACUCACUCUCACUCACCGCCAGGUGGUAGUAAUGGUUCAAAGGCAUCAAGUAUACUGCACGGGAGGGUCACUUCACAGCACGUUCACACUUUGCGGCAGUGAGAUGGUGCCUUGUUAAAGGAGUUGUUCUUGUUUAAUUGCCCUAUACUUGUUAUAAUUUUCCUUGAUGUCCACAGUAUGACUCAUUUUUGCAGUACCCUAAUGUGUGUUUUUAUUUUAAGGUGAGGGUAACAUGACUUGAGACAAUACUAACACUCCCUGUAGAGCAGUGGUCUCCAAACUGCUUACCUCCAGCUGUUGAAAAACUACAACUCUGGUGGUCUGCAGUUUGGAAGCUACUGUAGCAGGAAGAUUUGAUGUCACAUGAUGCGUUGUUGUAACACCUUUCCAGGGCAGUAAAUGACUUACCUAAUUGCUGCAGGCAGUAAUGGUAAACAUAAAAAAUUUAGGGUCAUGGUUUGGCGACUACGGGGGAUUUGUCAUUGUCUUGCUGUGUAAAGUGUUUUUUUUUUUUUUUCUUUCUUUUUUUGCUGUUGUGCGCCAAAUUUCUCAGAAAGGCGUAAUGACUUCAAUGAAUACGGCACAAAUUUUAUUUCACCUCUCAAAUGGCUGAAAGCUGCCAAAUUGAAUGUUUGCUUUGGUUUUCUAUGGGGGGGGGGGGAGAUUUAACAAAACCUGUCCAGUGUUAAAGUUUCUGAGUUGCCCAUAGCAACCAAUCAAAUCGCUUCUUUCAUUUCAGACAAGGCCUCUGAAAAAUAAGUGAUCUGGUUGCUAUGGGCAACUCGGCAGCAUUUCCUCUAGACAGGUUUAAAUAUUUUCCAAAUUUUAGUUCUUUGAUUUUGAUUACUCUUAGAACAGAUGACUCUUUACUAAACUGGUCCCCCAUGUUUGAAAGUAAUUUCACAGGGGUCUGACAUUUUCUUAAGAAAAGUUGGUCAUGGUUUUUUUACAUGGUUGAGCAUAAUCUU